UUGCCAAAAAGUAAAGGUCACUUGCCCAAAUUGUAAGAAAAAGAUGCUUCGAGAAAAAUUGAAUUCUGGUCACGAGAAGGAAUGUCCGAAAGCAAACAUUUUUUGUGAAUAUCGAAAUAUUGGAUGCAAGUGGUCGGGUCAAAGACAUCAAGUGCAACACCAUCUAAACAGUGACAUGAAGGAGCAUUUAUCUAUGAUGAAUGUUGCCUUGGCUAGUUUAUUGUCUGCAAAUGGCCGCGAAAGGAAUCGACCAGCCUCUAGAACAGAAGCCAGUACGAGUGCUGGCGCGAGCAGCAGCAAUGCUGCAGAUACGGUCGAUAGAAACUUAGAGGAGUUCAACCGCCUUGUCAAAAGAAAUAACGAUCAAAUUAACGCGUUGAUGUUGAGAACUGAACAAAUUGAACCAUCUUUUCGAGAUCUUACCGCACGUGUUGACAGACAGCAUAGAGAAAAUGAAGCAGGUUUGACUAGUGUUAAGAACACGAUAGUUGAUUUGGAAGCACGGAUGUGUAAUGGCGUCUAUCUUUGGAGGAUCACGAACUACCCUCGCCAUCGGGAAAAUGCAAGAGAAAACGUUGUGACAGCUUUACACAGUCCUCCUUUUUACACCAGCUUCUAUGGAUACAAAUUGUGCUUGAGAAUCAACCCAAAUGGAGUAGAUACUGGCUAUGGUUCUCACGUGUCUUUGUUUGUUCACAUGAUGCAAACUGAGUGGGAUGAUACGCUUGAAUGGCCUUUCUCAGGACGAAUUUCUUUAUCCAUUCUCGACCAAAGCGAUGACGGUGAUUAUAAACGUCACAUAAGUGAGACAUUAGUCACAAGACCAAACCUACUAGCAUUUCAGCGACCAACAACGCCUCGCAAUCACAAGGGUUAUGGUUAUGUUGAGUUUGCUCAGGCCGAAACGCUACAAGACCGACAGUACCUAAAAAUGACUGUCUUUGAUUCGUGUCCAAGUAUUUCAAUAAUCAGUAUGUUGUAUUACUGA